UCAGGCUUUAAUAUUUUCCUGCAUCUCCAGCUCUGUGCCUGCCAAGUUUACCAAACCCGAUGAUGCGGUAGCCGGCCCCUACGCAGCAUCGUCCCUCCUCCGCGGUCUUUGGUGUUUGUGUUUUCACGGCCGGUCAGACGAUUGGUUCGGUAACUUCAGGAUUGCCUUGUUUUUCGGGUGUCUUGGAUUGCCUUGGCGUACAGAAGGAAGAAGCGGAGGACCCGAGGCGGAGGAGAGAGAGAGAGAGGAGAAAGGAGGGGGAGAGGGAAAGACAGGAGAAGCCUCCAUGUUUCAGCUUCCCAUCUUGAAUUUCAGCCCCCAGCAGGUUGCCGGGGUCUGCGAGACUCUGGAGGAGAGCGGGGACGUCGAGCGCCUGGGCCGCUUCCUCUGGUCGCUGCCCGUCGCGCCAGCGGCCUGCGAGGUCCUCAAUAAGAACGAGUCGGUGCUGCGGGCCCGAGCUGUGGUCGCCUUCCACACUGGCAAUUUCCGUGAACUCUACCACAUCCUGGAGAACCACAAGUUCACCAAAGAGUCACACACGAAGCUGCAGGCGCUGUGGCUCGAAGCGCACUACCAGGAGGCCGAGAAGCUGCGGGGCCGCCCGCUGGGGCCAGUGGACAAAUACAGGGUGCGGAAGAAGUUUCCCCUACCCAGAACCAUUUGGGAUGGAGAGCAGAAAACCCACUGCUUCAAGGAGAGAACCCGGCAUUUGUUAAGAGAAUGGUACUUGCAGGAUCCUUACCCAAAUCCCAGUAAAAAGAGGGAGCUUGCACAGGCUACUGGACUUACACCCACACAAGUGGGAAAUUGGUUCAAAAAUCGCAGACAAAGAGACAGAGCAGCUGCUGCGAAGAACAGGCUACAGCAGCAGGUUAUGUCCGGCGGCUCGGUUCGCUCCCUGGCGGACGACGAUGGCACCGUGGACCGCUUGGGGAACUCGUCCAGUCCCGAGGCCAGUCUGUCCAGUAAAGCCGCUGCCUCGGCCAUCUCCAUCACCUCCAGCGACAGUGAAUGUGACAUCUAACGGGCAGAUCAGAGUUUGUUGGCGAAUUAAAGAGGAUACGAGUGAAAGACAAUCUAAUAAAACAAGUAAUAGUGCCUGCGCUGAGCUAAAAGAAAAAAAUAAUAGACACACACUCUUACACACACAUACACGCACACACAAACUGAUUUUUGACGGCUGCCAAAACAUGAGAUGAUCCGUGAUGUGCGACGGACUGCCCGUCAUUUUCCUUUUAGGCCUAUAAUUUUGUUUGAGUUUUACCCACUUGUGGAUAACUGAAAACGGGCAAAACACAUUUCACGGACUAAUAACGCUUCAAGAUGAACCGUAAAAAUGAAGAAAAGUUUAGAAAAAAAAGAAAAAGAAAAAGGGAUGAUGGCACCCAACUUGCCUAACCUGCUGUUCUCUGUGGGUAUUUCAUGUUGAAAAGAACUGUGAUAUUUUUACUUUAAAGUUUUAUAAAUAAUGUUUAUUUGCUUAUUUAAAACGAUCUGCUCUACUGUCUCUUCGAAUUUCAUAUUCAUUUGCUUGGUGUUUUUAAUACUUACCUUGUACACAGGUAAACCUGUUGAGCAUGCGCGCUUUAGUGAAAUUGUGUUUCCGUAAAAAGAAAAAGUAAAGAUAACUUAAUAAAAUAAUUGUUGAUCAAAAAAAGAAAAAAAAAAAAACAAAUAUAAUUUUAGUCUCCCUUUUUUUAACUUCGUGUGUGGGGAAAACAUAAAUUUAUGAAUAUAAAUAUGAAUAUGAUUUGAUCCCUGCAAUACAUCCUCCUGGCUGUUUUCAUUCAGAGAAGCAUUUUAAGGACUAUAAUGCCACGAUGCUGUAUUUACUGACACGUUUUAGAGCGAGGUCUAAUUGGCCAACAUGCUCUGCGUCCUGUAAUGCAGGGUGACAGCGAGAGGUCACAGAGAGGCCGGCUCACUAACCCGGAUGAUCCGCGGGAGAGAUCAUAGAGAUCAAAACACAGCAGAUUGUAAACCUGAGCUUACACUGCACAUGCAGAAGGACAAACAAAAACAGACUUCUUCAAACGUGCAAGUGUC